AUGGCUUCAACUGAUAAGGGUCUCGAGGAGAUCCCAGAAGGUCAAAUCGAGUCCAACUAUGACGAGACCGUCGACUCCUUCGAUACCAUGAACCUGAAGCCCGAGCUUCUUCGAGGUGUCUACGCCUAUGGUUUCGAGCGUCCUUCCGCCAUUCAACAGCGGGCUAUCAUGCCAGUCAUCAAGGGUGAGUUCUUCAGCAGUGGUGAACAAUCGUUCCAAUGCCAUGAUGUUAUCGCCCAGGCUCAGUCCGGAACCGGAAAGACUGCCACUUUCUCCAUUUCCGUUCUUCAAAAGCUUGACCCCAACAUCAAGCAAUGCCAGGCUUUGAUCCUUGCCCCCACCCGUGAAUUGGCCCAGCAAAUCCAGAAGGUCGUUGUCGCCAUCGGUGACUUCAUGAACGUUGAGUGCCACGCCUGCAUUGGUGGUACCAGCGUCCGUGAUGACAUGAAGGCUCUUCAGGAGGGUCCCCAAGUUGUUGUCGGUACCCCUGGUCGUGUUCAUGACAUGAUCCAGCGACGAUUCUUGAAGACCGACAGCAUGAAGAUGUUUGUUCUUGAUGAGGCCGAUGAAAUGCUUUCUCGUGGUUUCACCGAGCAAAUCUACGACAUCUUCCAACUUCUUCCUCAAUCUACCCAGGUUGUUCUUCUCUCCGCCACUAUGCCACAGGAUGUUCUCGAGGUCACCACCAAGUUCAUGCGCGACCCUGUCCGUAUCUUGGUCAAGAAGGCCGAACUUACCCUCGAAGGUAUCAAGCAAUUUUACAUUGCCGUCGAGAAGGAGGACUGGAAGUUGGACACCCUUUCCGAUCUCUACGAGACUGUCACCAUCACCCAAGCCGUCAUCUUUUGCAACACCCGAAGAAAGGUUGAUUGGCUCACCGACAAGCUCACUGCUCGUGACUUCACAGUCUCAGCUAUGCACGGAGAUAUGGACCAAGGUCAACGUGAUCUUAUCAUGAAGGAGUUCCGAUCUGGUUCUUCCCGUGUCCUGAUCGCCACCGAUCUCUUGGCUCGUGGUAUUGAUGUUCAACAAGUCUCGUUGGUCAUCAACUACGAUCUUCCCGCCAACCGUGAGAACUACAUCCACAGAAUCGGUCGUGGUGGUCGUUUUGGACGUAAGGGUGUUGCGAUCAACUUUGUGACAGCCGAGGAUGUCCGCAUGAUGAGAGAAAUCGAGCAAUUCUACAGCACUCAAAUUGAGGAGAUGCCAAUGAACGUCGCCGAUCUCAUCUAA